AUGGCAGAAGGAGAGGAAGAAAAGUUAGUUGAUGUGCCAAUAGUGAGAGAAUUUCCUGAUGUUUUACCUAAUGAUAUCCCAGGAUUACCCCCAGAACGAGAAUUAGAAUUCAGUAUUGAUUUGGUACUAGGAGCUGUGUUCAUGGGUUAUAGGAAUCAAAUUUUUCAUCCUUUUCUAGAUAAGUUUGUAGUUAUAUUCAUUGAUGACAUCCUUAUAUACUCAAAGAGCAAAGAAGAGCAUGUUGAACACUUAAGAAUUGUGCUACAAAUCUUGAAGGAAAAGCAAUUGUACGCAAAAUUGUCUAAGUGUGAGUUUUGGCUAACUGAAGUAAAUUUUCUUGGGCAUGUCAUUAAUAAAGGAGGAAUAGUUGUUGAUCCAACUAAGGUUGAGGCAGUCUUGAAGUGGGAACAACCAAGGACGGUCACUGAAAUAAGGAGUUUUCUAGGAUUAGCGGGAUACUAUCGAAGGUUUAUUGAAGGUUUUUCUCGAUUGGCCUACCCAUUAACCAAGUUGACACAAAAGGGACAGCCUUUUGCGUAG